GAAUCGGCGUCAUGUGAUUGUGCCUCUUGGCAAGCCCGUCUUGGGUGAGGCGAUAAGGAAUGGAAUACUGUACCUGCAAGUGGGCGUGGCUCUUCUUUCUCUAGAACGCUUUUUUUUUUUGAUAUGCGAAUUUGGAGACAAUCUAACCUCGCCCAGAAUACAGAUCGGAAUCAAAACCAAAUAAAUUGACCCCCCUCCCCUACCCCCAACUCCUGAAAUGGAACAGAUUGCAACCUGGAGUCACGAAAGCGUGAUACGUUGGUUAAGAGGUCUGGAGCCUGCCCUACAGCAGUAUCACUUUGAGGAGUGGCUGCUGACGGGGGAAUAUUUACUGCGGCUAUCUUACCAGGACCUGGAGAGGCUUGGGGUAAAGAAGAUUGGCCACCAGGAGCUGAUUCUAGAGGCCGUUGAGCUCCUCUGUUCCCUGAAUUACGACUUGCGGCGAGAGAACAUGCGCUCGGUGACGGAGAAGCUGAGGGGCGUCUCGCACACCCUGCAGGGGGUGGUUCAGAGCCGUUGGAAGGUGAACGCUUACAAAGGCACGAGCGUGAGCAAGCUGGCCCCAGAUAUCUUGCUGUCCAUCAUUGACCUGGUCACUGCGGCCAAAGCACUCUUCUCCUGGCUUAACAGGUACCUCUACUCACAUCUGAAUGAUUAUUCAGCCACUAAAGACAUCGUCGCACUCUGUGCCCAGCUAGGCAACACUGUUAAAAAGGACAGCACAGCUUAUGAAAAAGAAAAAGAAGUCGUGUCCAUUUGUAAACAGAUGGUUGGCAUCUGUGACAGCAUCCUGAGGAACAGCUCAGAAAGCCUCUUAAACCACACUGCAAACCUGGAGAGUGUGGAGCUGAUCCCUGUUGCCCCAGGAGAUAAUCUGGGAAUUGAGAUCACAUCAACUGGCUCAAGCCUUCAUUUUGUGACGGGAACGGCUGCUGAGUCGCCAGCUGGAUUCUGUGAGCAGAUCCUGCCAGGGGAUGAAGUGAUUCAAGUCAAUGACCAGGUUGUGGUGGGUUGGAGCAGACAAAACCUGAUAAAGAAACUCCGGGAAAAUUGUGAGGGUGUGACUCUGGUUUUAAAGAAGGUGCCUAUCUCCUUACUAAAGCAUGAGAAAGCCACAAAGCCUCCAGAUUCACAGGUACAGGUCUCUGGAGGUCCCGAGUCUCCCACAGUAUUCUACAGGGUUACUGAUUCUAUAAGGUCUUUUUCUCAGCUUUCCAAGAAUAAAGGCGAGAAUUCAGAAGAGAAAAGUCUGGGAGGGGGUUUGGAGGCGUCUGAGGCUGGGGGAGCUAGCGGGUACUCCCAGAGCCAGUCCACCUGGUAUGAUUUCGACCAGGAGGGGGAGCUACUGAGCAAGGGGGAGCAGACCCCUCCACCCCUGACCACACCUGAAAGCCCUGUGCAUGAAGGCAUUGUCCACAGUCCUGGGAUCAGUACAGAGAGUACCGGAGCUCCCAGUGACCCCUCAGUCCUUCCCGGGACCCUCGAACUGAAACGCUACUCCUGGCAGCGCAGACACAGCUUUGAGCAGCAGGGCAGCGAUUCCGAGAUGGCAGCACAAAGACAGGAGCAGGAGAGAGCAUCCAGAAAGUCAAAUACAAAAGGGGUCCGCGGUACUGCCAGUCGCAGGCGUAUCUCAUGCCGGGAGCUGGGCAAGGCUGACUGCGAGGGCUGGCUCUGGAACAAGAAGAAAGAGAGCAGCGUUUUCGUCACGCAGAAGUGGCAGCGCUUCUGGUUUGUGCUGAAGGGAUCCUCGCUGUACUGGUACAACAGCCAGCAUGAUGAGAAGGCGGAGGGUUUCAUUAAUGUAUCUUCAUACAAUAUUGAAAGUGCUGGCGAUCACAAGCGGAAAUAUGUCUUUAAAGUCUGCCACGAGAGGUUUCGGACAUUUUUCUUUGCUGCGGACAAUGUUACUGACAUGAGCAAGUGGAUCAAUUGCUUGAUAACCGGUAUACUAAAACACAAGCAGAACAGCAAGAAUCUCCCAAAGAAAGAGGAAGGUAGAGCAUCUCCCCAUUCAUCUCAAUACCCCCCCAGCAGUGGCAGCAUUAUGUCCCCCCCAGGCUGUCAUUUAUUAUUAUUAUUUGAUUUCUUGUCCACUGUUAUCAGCAGAAUAUGUAUAUACUAUACAGUAGCUUUAGAGACGACAGCGGCCUCUUCUUCAGGUGCGUGGAAGCUAAUGCAGUGGAUAAUCCUAGUGCAUAGGUGGAUAGGUGUCUGUGUUCUGGUUAUUAAUAGGGGUGACACCCAGGCUCAGUUAUAGAUGGUACUGUUAUGAAAUACAAAGUCAUUUCCUUAAAUAAUCGUGUUCUGUGCGUUAUUGAGUAGAAGAGAGUAGUAUUUAAAACGCACUGAAAUCAGGGCACUUUAUGUCUGUGCUUUCAUUAGUCUUGUGUCUUCUCCUCAGUGCGUUGGUCGGUUCAAGCCUACACAGUCCACACACUCUCUGCCAGGGUCGCUAUUGAUUUUUAAUGCAGUGCCCGCUAAGCUGAAAUGCUUCGGUGCGGAGUUGUCAUGGCAACCUGGUGUACUCACUUGAGCUUUCAAUUGCUGGUGGCAGCCCUUUGUGUCUGGUUCUAUUAAAUAAAUACCCUUCCCCUCCCCAACCCACACUUUGCAUGCCUGUGGCCUUUUAUACCUCUCUCCCCAUAAAAUUAUAUUAUUGGCUAAUCAAUCACACUGCCAUUAAAGACUCAUUAAAGAGGAAGUCUUUUUUAAUCAUACUUACCUUGCCUGAAUUAUUGUUCCCUGGUUAAUUAUACUCUUUCUUCUCUCCUGGCACGCAGCUUCGCUCUUUCAGUUUGUGUAAACGCAUGCACAGCCUCUACUGAGUCCCUGCUCGCUGGCAUCAGUAAGGGCCCUUGCUUCUGCUUCCCAGAAUCCUACUGGAGAGUGACAUU